CUGUGGCAACAGUUCAUAACAACACUUUCUCCUCCCCAGCUUCUGGGUGUCCCUUCAGGGAUUCUGCUGUAAGUUGUGCUGAGGAGAAAGGUGUGAGAGGUCUCUGACCUGCCACCAUGGGGGACGGUAGAGGGGACAACUUUGAAGGUAUGAGCACUGAUUGCCUUAAACUGGAGUUAUUGGAAGAAAUCCAUAUGAAAGACUUGGUACAGCUCUCAAUACUUGAAAUAAGACACAAGAUAGUGGAACUGGAAGCCAAACUCAAUACUCACAAUGAAGGUGGUGAAUGGAAAACCCGUUAUGAAGCGCAACUUGAACUGAAUGUUCAACUAGAAAAGCAAAUUGUUAUUCUCAAAGAGAAAAUGGAAAAAAUCCGUGGAAAUCCUUCAGAUAGACUAGCUUCUAUUCGUGUCUAUGAGAGAAUGCCAGUGGAAUCCUUAAAUACAUUACUUAAACAGCUAGAAAAAGAAAAAAGGAGUCUUGAAAAUCAAGUGAAAAACUGUGCCCUUAGACUGGAACAAGAGUCAAGAGCUUACCACAAAACCAAUGAUGAACGCCGCGCAUACCUAGCUGAAAUGUCUCACAUCUCUGGCUCACACCAAGUUUCUAAAAGGCAACAGAUGGAUCAACUUCAUAGAAUUAAAGAUAAUCACGUGAAAGCAGGAAGACAUAAUCCAGCUAAUCAGAAGAUAGUAAAUGCCAAGAAAGGACCAGCAAAAAAGAUCACAAAACCAAACCAUCUUCCAAAACUCAAUCCUUGAUUCCAGAACUGGAUGGAUUUCUAUUUCUUCCCUUUAUUCAUAUGUAAUAGUCAACUUGUGAAGUUCGAGUUAGUGCAUUUUUCAGGGAAUGAAAUAGAUUUUUUUAAAAAGAUAUUAAAACUUCUUUAGC